GCUCAGUAGCCUACCAAGGAGUACAAGUAGAGAUCUGAUAGGAACAAAAUCCCAAAAACCCAAACAAAACGAAGCGCAAAACAGAACGCAACGCGGCGAGCGACAGAGAGAGAGAGACAGAUCCGUCUCGCCGCAGCAGCCGAUCGCGUCGGCGCUCCGAUCGAUCCUCGCUUCUUCGUCUUCUCCUCCACCGCCCCGCCCUGCCGCCGCGCGGAAGGGAGAGAGACGGCGGAGGGGAGCUUCUUCUCACCGGAUCCGCGCCUGAGCUGAUCGGGGCGUGAUCCGCGGUUCUGGAGCAAUGACGACGGCGUGCAACGGCGCCGGCGAGGCGCCGAAGGCGGAAUUGGCGGCGGCGAAGGCGGCGGCGGGGGAGAGGCCCGCGGAGGAGCGCGAGGGGGUGGGCGGCCCCUUCGUGAUCGUCAACGGCGACUCGGACGGCCUCUCCGACCGCUGCUCCGACAAGGCGGACUCCCGCUCCGACGAGGAGGAUCUGCCGCCGCCCAAUGCAGCCCCGGACUCGGGCGCGGACGCGGGCGGAGAUCACGGUGGGGAAUCGGGCGAUUCCGACGCCGCUACCGUCGGGCUUCCGUCUUCCAACGGGCAUGGUGGCCCGACCGCUGUGGAGUCCGAGGAUGAUGUGGGCGAAGGCAAAGCGGAGGGAGGCGACAAUUCUGAAAAUGGACUACAGAGGGAGCAGGGGACUGCCGGGGAAGAGCUGGGCGGAGAAGAGGCACCGGCAGAAAUUGGAACUGACCAUGUCGAUGAUGGUGCUGAUUCCGCCUCACCUGCUGUGGAUUCUGUAGUUUCAAGCGCCCCUUCUGAUGUUGCCACUCCCGAAGAACAACAGGAUGGAGCGAGUGCUUCUCUGGAGUCCUGUAGUCCGGAUGAUACCCCCACACAGGCUGAGUCUGAUCCAAUCGUAUUGGGCAAGGAGCUCGAAGAGGAAACAAGCGCUCCUUCUGAUGUUGCGGCUCCUGAAGAACAACAGGAUGGAGUGAGUGCUUCUCUGGAGUCCAGUACUCCGGAUGAUAACCCCACACAGGCUGAGUCUGAUCCCAUCGUAUUGGGCAAGGAGCUCGAAAAGGAAACAAGUGCUCCUUCUGAUGUUGCCGCUCCUGAAGAACAACAGGAUGGGGCGAAUGCUUCUCUGGAGUCCAGCAGUCCGGAUGAUACCCCCACACAGACUGAGUCUGAUCCCAUCGUAUUGGGCAAUGAGGUCGAAAAGGACACAAGUGCUCCUUCUGAUGUUGCCGCUCCUGAAGAACAGGAGGAUGAAGUGAAUUAUGCUUCUCUGGAGUCCAGCAGUCCGGAUGAUACCGCUACACAGGCUGAGUCUGAUCCCAUUGUAUCAGAGUCUGAUACCAUAGUAUCAGAGUCUGAUCCCAUCGUACUGGAGUCUGACGGUAGUGGUGAGCAAAGCAAAGAAGAAGAGAUUGAUGCUGAAAUCAAGGAGCUGGGCACAGAUGGAUCAGGUGUUUCUGAGGUGAAUGGACAGCAUGAUGCUGGCGUGAGUGCUGAUUCAUGUGUAACUGCUACUGAGCCUCUGAUUCACCUCGAUGAGGGCAAACAUCAGCAGUCUGUUGUCACAGAAUUGGUGGAGCAGGAUGGGAGCAACGGACAUGCCCAUGUUGAGUCAAUUCCUGAUUCUUGCACAUCUGCUCCUGACUCUGACAUUGAUGGGGGCUUAGAACAACAAUCAGAUGCACUGGAGGCUGAGCCUGAAGUGCCAGAUGGAAGUGGUUGUGGAGCAUACAAGGGACCUAUAGAAGAGGAAGUUGCUGCGAAUGGCCUUGGCUGUGCUGAGGACACUCUUAAUACUUCCGCAGAGCUUGAAACUGCGGUUGAUGAGGGUGAGGGCGAAGUCGCCUCUGGUGUUGUUGAAACGGAAGCCGUAAUAGGAACGGAUAGUGAGGGAGAUUUGCAUGAUGGCCAGGCUGUUGCUGUCACAUCUGGUGAGGAAGCGAAACCUCCUGCCAAGGAGGGAAUAAAUGAAGCCAUUCCUGCUGAAGCUGGGGUGUGUGUAAUUACUGGGAAUAUAAGUGAACCAGUAGUGCAAGAUGAUGAAUUGGUCAAGAAUGGUGUCUCUUCUGGCAUACUUCAUUCAGAACAAUCUGAACCAGAUCAAGUUGUUGAACUUAAAGGGGGUCAAGAAGUUCAGGUAGAAGUUGCUUCAGGUGAUGGAAACACUCCAGUUUCUGAUGUGAAGGCUGUCAUCGUGGAAAUGAACACAUCAGACAGCGUUCAAACACAAGAUCUUGGGUCUGCAUUGGAAGACAGGAGUAUGCCACUGCACGAGAAUUCAAUAGGCGAAGUCGAGGAGGAGGUAAAAGAACAAGCUUGCCCUGAGGAUGCACAUUUAGCUCUGAAUGACUAUUCUUCUGUACAGACUGGAAAGCAAGGGCAGUUCGAAUUACCUGGUGCUGGUGUAGCUGAUAAAACUGACAAUGUUGUGUUAGAGGCAGAACCAAGGAAAGGGGUUGAGACGGAGGUUGUUGACGUUGUUCAGUUGGAUGUGCCCGCGGCUUCUACUGUUCAUAAUGAACCAAGGUCCAUUGAUUUCAUCAACAAUGCUAGCCUGCAUACUAAAUUGGAAACUUCUGACCAUGUACAGGCAAUGGAGUGUAGUUCUCAGGAAGUAUCUAGCACCACUGUCGAUCAAGUUAUAUCUGGUGUUACUGAGGAACAUGGAACUGCUGUGACUGAUGACGCUGAACUUCAGGAAGUAUCUAGCGAAGCUGCUGUUGAUCAAGGUGAACCUGUUGCAUUGGGUGACGUUCGUGAAGCUAGUGACAUUUGUCAAACAGGUGAAUCACGUGAUUUGGCUGCAGAUUACCAAUCGAAUAGUGACCAGCCAGAGAUCUUCGAUGCAUCAGCUACUUGUGAAGAGCUAGUUUCUCCAAUUGAAGGUCCUCGCCUUUCAGAUGAAACAUUGGAACCUGGAGUUAAGGCUCCUUGCACAGUUCAGGAGAUAGGCUCGUCAGAUGUGACAUGUAAAGAUGUGGUAAAUAUAAAUGCAUGCAAUAUAUCUUCUCAAGAAGUCGAAACCAAAUGUUUGGAAGUAUUGGAACCUUCAUCUGUUGACGGGGUAGUUGUUCCAGUGGAGCACAAGAAUGAUGACAAAAAUGCACAGAAAGGGAAGGAGAAGAUUGCUGAGGACUCCACUGAUUCACCUAUGGAUCUUGAUAAGAGUCACAAGGGAGAUAUAAAGUUCAUUGGGCCACCAAAUUUGUUCCACAUAGUAAAGGUUCCAAGAUUUGCUGGUGAUGACGUCUGGGCAAGAGUACAGGAGGCGCAAGUUCAUCUGGAUCGCCUGACUCAAGAAAGAGAUGCACUUAAUGUUCGCAGGAAAAACCAGAAGGCUAUUGUUGAUGGGUAUAAGGACAAAUUAAAUGCAGCACGGCAAGAAGAGAGUGAAGCGAGAGCUGCUUUUGUUGAUAAGAGGAAUGGUCUAGAUAGUGCACGGUCAGUGAUUGGGAAGUUGAAUCAAGCAAAUUCAAUUGAAGAAAUUGAUGAGCUGAUUGCGAGGAAAGAGAGGACUAUGGAACAUGAGACCAUUUCUUUGAAACAAGAGAAGCUUUUCAUUAAAGAGAUUAAUGAACUAAAAACCCAAAGGAAGCAAGUGUGCUCCAAUCUGGGCUCAAAGGCUGAAAUCAGUGAAGCAUUCCAUCAAAAGGAUCACAUUCACGAGCAACAUAAGACUUUGAAGAAGGAAGCAGAUUUACUUUCAAAGAAUCUGAAGUCCCUUGAGGAGAACAGAAAAAAGAUUCAAAUUUCGUAUGAAGAUGAAAAAGCAGUUCUGGGAAAAAUAAUUGAUGAAUUGAAUGCUGCCAAUGUAAUACGUCAACAGGCCUACAAGAAUUGGUCUGACCUGAGAGCGGAACCAACCAAGAGGAACAAGUACUUCAGAAUGUACAUGACAGACCGCGAUGAGGUGAGCAAGUUCACUGACAAGGAUAAACUUGAGGCAUAUUGUAAUAAUCAGGUAAAGAACUUUAUGGAGAUGUGGAACAAAGAUGAUGACUUCCGCAGGAUGUAUGUUGAAGCAAACAAGUUUAGCACUCUGAAGAGACUUGAGACCCAUGAUGGAAGAUUACUUGGCCCUGGAGAGGAUCGUCCAGUCAUUCCCAGGAACAAUUUCAACAGAAGACCUAACAAUCCAUCUCAACUCACUGCUUCAAGCCCAAACAUGCCCAUUGCAACUUCAAAAGCAGCACCUGAAAAGUCUGCCGCAGUUGUAGUUCCUGUAGAAGAGGAUUCAUUUCCAGUUUUACCACCAACCCAGAUCCAUAAGCAGGUCAAAUCAAAGACAGCUGGUAGUUCAUCCCAGAAAGAAAUAACUACAGCUCCAGUGUCAGAAGUGGAAGAUGUAAAACACAUUGAAAAGGAAAAGGCCCGUCGUCCUGCUGAGGAGUUGGAGCUAACAAAGAAGGCGGAUGAGGAGUUGGCACGGAAGGAUAAGGAAAUAGAAGAGCAGAAGGCAGCUGAAAGGGAACGAAUUGUGUUGGAGCAGAAGGCCAAAGCUAAGGAGGCUGCUGAGAGGAAGAAAAGGCAAGCACAAAAGGCUCAGGAAAGAAUUGAGUUCAGAUUACUGAAGGAAGCCGAGGAGAGGGAAAAGAGGAAAGAACAGAAGAACCAUAAGAUUGUCACAGCUCCAGUGGCAGGUGGUAAUGGCGAGGGCAGCUCUGCAGCUACAGGUACACCAGACACUGAAAGUAAUUCAUCCGAAAAUGCUAGGGAUUCCAAGGUUCCUCAACAACCACCCCCAAGGAGGAAUACUAACAGGGCAGUGAAGCAGAUAAACAAGCUAGAGCGCAUGCCCGAUCCCCUGAAAAACAAGUUCAGAAAGAAAACGCAGCAUUAUGUUUUCAUUGGAGUUGCGGUUGCCCUAGCGGUUGUUGCGUUGAUCCUUGCAGGCAGAUCCUUAAACCUCCCUGGUUUAAAUUUUCUUGGCUCUUGAACUAGUUAGUACUACUCCCAAUGGAUGGCGAGGCGUUCUGCUCACUCACAACCGUAGGGAGGUGGAGGUGGCUUCUGAUAGAAAAUUCGGCAGUUGUUUUGCGGGAAACUUUGUUGCUCUACCUAGACAUGGCUUAUUUUUUCUGUUUGAACCGUGGAUGCCGUUACUGUACUUAUUUUACCGUAUAGAUUGUGUUGGGAGUGCAUUGUGCUAGACUUAUCGGAUGGUGGCGACAUAUUCGUUAAAGUGAACAUAAUAAUAUCUAUAGAUUUAUUUUGGACAUA